AUGGCUACCUCUCCUUUGAAUGUCCAGCCUUCUUUCCAUGCUCGCUCAAACAGUUUACCUUCAAGGCAACACCCCGUCACUUCUCAAAUCGAUGAAAGUCUGAACCGACUGAGGGCAUCUCAGUCGGCCUCUACAUCGUCAUCAAUAGGACAUCAACUCAACUGCCUUCAAGAUUUGUACGACUCUGUUGACAAGUUGCUUCAAUUGCCCCUUGCUCAACAAAGUCUAGCUAAAGAGCAGCAAACGGAAUUGAUCGAACAACUUUUGGAUGGAUCUCUCAUGCUCCUCGAUGUAUGUGGGACCGCUAGAGAUGCCUUGUUUCAAACAAAGGAAUGCAGAUCUUCAAUCGGGCCAGAUGCUGAAUCAAAAUCGAGUCCAUGGUCAGUAGUUUCAAAGUUAAUGCACCAGAAAAAAGUGAUUUGCAAGGAAGAACAAAAAACAAAUGAAAUUGCAAAUGCUGAAGCUACAAUGCGUUCCUUGAUUAAAUCUGGAAGCAUGAAGAAUGUUGUGAAUGUGCAAAAUGCUCUGGAAAACUCAGAGAUGUGCAUCCAAGAUCUUGAUGAAGGUCUCGAAAGCUUUUUCAGGAGGUUGAUCAAAGAUAGAGUCACUAUUCUCAACAUCCUCAAUUGUUGA